AUGGAAAGAAAAUUAACACGUGAGGACUUCAUGAGGAAAAGCUUUAGAGCGCCGAGGGUCACGCCGGCCUCGGAAGGACAAGAACCUAGCGUAAACGGUGCACCGCCACCAUCACCAGUCUCACUAGCCAUGCUGGAGCGAACACCUCUAACGCCACGAGCCCAGUAUGAAGUCACUACGUCCGGAAUAGCUCCUAAGCGCCUUGAAAUCAAUAGAGCUCAUCCUAUCCAUCUGAAAUCAUUCCAGUCGUCUGACCCGCCAGAUGACAGUAAUAAUACAGCAGCACCUUCAGACGAUGUUCUUCGAAAAUUGGAACGACAAAUUGGUGAAAUGGAAAGAGGGCUCGAAAGAGCACAGAAUGGCAACGUCUCCGUGGACGAAAGAGUAAGAUAUGCUGAACAUGAAAAUCUAUUACGAACAGGCGUAUCUUCUGUAGGGGGUGGUGGGUACCUUCCUGCUGAUUCCGAUACAGAGCACGAUGUUGUUCCAUUUAACAGAAAUGAAAGUACACGGAGCAGUACUGGAGGAACUACUCCAGUACCGCGACCAGCCACACGAUUGGCAAGAACGAAUUCUGACACUCAGCAAUCCGUUGCUGCCACUGCUAGACUUAUGAGGAAGUUAGCAGACGGCGGCAAUAAGGGAGAAGAAAAAUCAAAGAACAUAACAAGAAAGGCUAUACAAGCGAGAAUGGAAAGAGUUAAGAAUUCGGUGGUGGGAAAAAAUGAACAUAAGGUUCUGGCUGAACAUAGAAAUGAACCAUCAUCUACAAGGACACCCACUUCACCUGUCUCUCAAAGGGCUUCUGUUCAGAGCGCGUCGGAGUCGUCGGCUGGCGCAGGGGGCGGAGGCACGUCGGGCGGCAGCUCUCGCGUGUCCUCUCGCUCGAGAACCUCCGAGGAACCACACAUUGGAAAGUACAAACUCUUAAAGACAAUCGGGAAGGGCAACUUCGCUAAAGUGAAGCUAGCGAAACAUGUGCCCACAGGCAAGGAAGUAGCCAUCAAGAUCAUAGACAAGACACAACUCAACCCUGGAUCACUCCAGAAGUUGUUUAGAGAGGUCCGAAUAAUGAAGAUGUUAGAUCAUCCGAACAUAGUGAAGCUAUUCCAGGUUAUAGAGACUGAGAAGACACUAUACCUCGUGAUGGAGUAUGCAUCAGGUGGAGAGGUGUUCGACUAUCUGGUGCUACAUGGUCGUAUGAAGGAGAAGGAGGCUCGUGCUAAGUUCAGACAGAUCGUCUCUGCUGUACAGUACUGUCAUCAAAAACGCAUCAUACACAGGGAUCUUAAGGCGGAAAACUUAUUGCUUGACGGUGAGAUGAACAUAAAAAUAGCGGACUUCGGUUUCUCCAAUGAGUUCACACCUGGAGCGAAAUUAGAUACAUUCUGCGGUAGCCCGCCAUACGCCGCGCCUGAACUCUUUCAAGGCAAGAAAUACGACGGUCCGGAGGUAGAUGUGUGGUCGCUCGGCGUGAUCUUGUACACUCUGGUGUCGGGCUCGCUGCCCUUCGACGGGUCAACGCUGAGGGAGCUCAGGGAACGAGUGCUCCGUGGAAAGUACAGAAUACCUUUCUACAUGUCAACCGACUGCGAAAAUCUUCUUAAGAAGUUCUUAGUUCUGAAUCCAGCGAAAAGGGCGUCCCUCGAAAGUAUAAUGAGGGACAAAUGGAUGAAUACAGGAUAUGAGGAAGAUGAGCUAAGGCCCUAUAUAGAACCACAGCAGGACUUCAAAGAUCAUAAGCGGAUAGGUGAGAGAGCAUACAAGGCGCUAGUGUGCUUGGGUUACAACAGACAAGAAAUCGAGUUUUCACUGGCCGAGGCCAAGUACGACGAUGUAUUCGCAACCUAUCUACUGCUUGGGAGAAAAAGUACCGAUCCGGAGUCGGACGGCAGCCGCUCGGGCUCGUCGCUGUCGCUGCGCACCGGCGCCGGCGGGCCCGCGCCGCCGCAAGCCGCCGCCCACACAGGGUCGGGCGGGGGCGGGGGCGGUGCUAUCGCGGCGGGCGGCUCGCCCUCGCACCGCGGCGUGCAGCGCUCCAGCAGCGCCUCCGCGCGCCCCGCCGCCAGCCGCCGCGCCUCCUCCGGCGCUGAGGUGCUGCGGACGCAAGUUGGUACGACCACAACAACUGCCAACAACACGACUUCAACAGCCACAACUACUACGUCCAACUUCAAAAGACAAAACACAAUUGACUCGGCAUCAAUUAAAGAGAAUACGGCACGGAUUGCUCAAAUGCAGGUGGCGCCAGUGGCGCGGCCGAGCAGCGCGGCGCCGAAGCUGGAGCCGCGCUCGCGCACGCUCACGGGCGGCGCGCGCCGCACGCCCACCUUCGACGCGCCGCCGCCGCAGCCGCCCAAGCUGUCGCCCCCUCACGACACGCCCAGCCUAAACUCUCAAGUAUCAGCGACAGGCGGAGGCGCGGCCGGGACGGGCGCCCGCCGCGAGUUCCCCAACCCACUCGUCUUCCCGAGGAACGUUCCGUCUAGAUCCACUUUCCACUCAGGUCAGACGCGGUCGCGCGGGUCGGCGGGCGGCGCGUACGGCGACGGCGGCUCGCCGCACCAGGCGCGCCCCUCCUUCUUCUCCAAGCUCUCCUCGCGCUUCUCCAAACGGCCAUUGGACGGUCCCACCCCGAAGCAUGCAGUAGGCGCUAGUCCGCAAGCCAUGCUUGGACAAGGCAAUGAAGAGCAAGUAAAACCACGCGUCCUGCGAUUCACGUGGAGCAUGAAAACCACCUCUUCUCGAGAUCCUAAUGAAAUUAUGGCUGAAAUACGUAAGGUAUUAGACGCAAACAACUGUGACUACGAACAACGCGAGCGGUUCCUUUUGCUGUGUGUGCACGGUGACCCUAACGCAGAUUCCCUUGUGCAGUGGGAGAUUGAGGUCUGCAAACUACCCAGACUGUCGCUCAACGGAGUGCGCUUUAAGCGGAUAUCUGGUACGAGUAUCGGGUUCAAGAACAUCGCAUCGAAGAUCGCGAACGAGCUCAAGCUGUGA